AUCAUUCGAAUAUUUUUCUCUGCCUUGGAAAUCCACUUGAAUCGCUUCUUUAUAUUACACACUCUUCGUUCUCUUUGAUCACAAAACGUUCUUCGUGAAGUCUUAGAAAGAUCGAUACUCUGAAGACUACUACUUAAACUAGUCUCCGCUCCGUCCUUGAUUACGUCAUACAUAGUCCUUGCUCCCUCGGUCUACCGAUCAAGAACUACUACUUUAUUACAACAAACGGUCUUCCGUCUCUUUACCUCUCUCCAGUCAAAUCAAUAUCCAGUCAAAAUGGUCCACCCUUCCUCCACCUGCUGCAAGACCUCUGGUGAUGGCAGCUGUGUUUGCGCUGCCCAGGCCAAGUGCUCCUGCGGCAAGCAGAACGCCCUCCACUGCACCUGCAACAAGGCUUCCACCGAGAACACCGUGAGCGGCGCCCGAUGCUCUUGCAGAGCUCGUCCUGCCGGAGAAUGUACCUGUGAACGUUCGGCAACUGAGAACCACCCGGUGACGGGAGCCGCCUGCCCAUGCGGCAAGAGGUCUUCCACUUCUUGCACCUGUGAGAAGGCCAGCGCCAUUGACGCUGCUGUUGGUCUCGAGACUGACUUCACCACCCGGGCUUAAAAGUCCACUCCUACACCUUUGUGCGGAGGUUCUUGAUCGAGUUCUUCUUGACUGUUACUAAAUUGCAUGCUCUUUGGGGUAACCGGUGUUCUUUACGGAGUUUUCGGGGGCUGAGAUUGACCGGAUUCAUGGUUGCGUGGGUGUUUGACUCUGAAUUAUUUUGCAUUGCCAUAGGCUAUUCUCAUGGGGAAGCGGGAGGUUACGCAGGAUCAGUGACGAAGAAUCCAAUUAUGUCUUAGAAUUAUACCUAAUGCGAUGACUGUCUGAAAA